CUGCUCCUGCCUGGCAUCUUCUCUUUGCAUCCAAAUCUACGAGAGGAGCGUAAAGGUGCAGCUUCCAGCCCACCUUCUCAAGGAAACCUCCUCGCCCUUCAAAGGUCGAGCUUUCAGCUCAUCUUCUCAAGGAAAUCUCCUCGCCCUUCAAGCUCUACUAUUCUCCUUGCAGCGAUUCGAUAUCCUGCAGGUAAGGAAUUCAACAAGCGAGAGCAUCACAGCUCAACAGAACCGCGGAAGCAGAGACCACACAAACCAGAGACUUCAAAAGCCAGGACGAACGGCGAACCGCACAGCAACUUUCUCCCUGUUCAAGGACAGUGCCACGGGUUGUCAGGGUCCAUCACACUGAGCCGGCUGACUACGGGGGGGCGGACGAUCCUCCACUGCAGCGUCUUGGGCUUCUACCCUCAGAAAGUGCAGGUGAGCUGGCUGAGGGACGGGGUGGAGGUCUCCAGCAACGUGUCGUCCACUGACGUCCUGGCCAACGAGGACUGGAGCUUCCAGGUCCACUCCUACCUGGAGCUGACGCCCAAGACGGGGGAGCAGGUGAAAAAGUUUUCCCACAGAGAAAGUAUCCAGGAUAGGAAUGCAGCCAUCUUACACUGAUGACAUCAUCUGGAGUAGGGCUGCUCGAUUAUGGAAAAAAUCAUAAUCACGAUUAUUUUGGACAAAAACUAAAUCACGAUUAUUCAAACGAUUAUUAAUAUGUGCCCUUAUUUUUUUUAAUGACUAACCGGAAGUACCAGUCACUUCCGGUUCCGGUAAACACCGAUUACGGCUGCGUGUCUUAUUCCUCCGUGAAACCAUGCAGGAUAUCGGUGCCUUGUUAUUCAAACCCUUAAUGAUGGCAACAUUCUCCAUAAAAACACUUUGUA